UUUCCGGUCGACAUUGUUUUGAGUGUCUACUCGUGUGAAGAUUGGUGAAUUUGCGCGCUCGCAACCACAUUUUUUGUAAUUCUUCGGCUUUUUUUUGUGGAAAAUAAUAUGGCUGAACCAGGUCCUAAUAAGGACAACAUCAGAGCUGGAUGCAAGAAAUGUGGAUAUCCGGGCCACUUGACCUUUGAGUGUCGAAACUUUGUCAGAGUUGACCCACAGAAAGACAUCGUUCUGGAUGUGAGCAGCACCAGCACUGAGGAGAGUGAGGAAGACUCGCCUGUGGUUCAGCGCACCGUGAAAAUGAGGCGAGGUGCCCAGCAACACAGAGGUUCUGAUGAUGAUGACGAUGACAAACUUAAGAGGCGCAAACUGAAGAAGAGCAGAGACAGGAAUUCAAGAAAGAGAUCUGCUUCAUCGUCAAGUGAUGGGAGGACCACAAAGAAGAAAAAGAAACAGAGCAGAUCUGACUCCUCAUCUGAAGAAGAGGAGAGGGGAAAGAAAAAGAAACUCAAAAGCCACAAGAAGAAAAGCAAAAAGAACAAAAAGGAACACGGGAAAAACCACAAGAAGAAACAGAAGAAGAGGAAACAGGAGUCGUCUUCUUCCUCAUCAAGCUCCAGUGACUCUUCAGACAGUGACUGAGACUUAUAAACUGUACAGUUUAUGGAGGUCCGGCGUAUUUAGCUCUCAGUACACAAAACGUUUGUUAAACAGACAUUGUGUCAAAGAAGAACCUCAUACUGGCCCAAACAGUCUAUUAGUGGAGACCAGGAUUUAAACCAGUUAGUGGCUCAGACACACUGGAAAAUCCAGCGCUCUGAAGAUAAGAGUUUAUCACAAAUCAUGUAAAUGAAAAAAAAACAAAAACAUUUUGGACCCUUUCAAAUUUGUCUUGAAAGUUGUUUUAAGUCAAGGAACAUGUUUAGCUAUAGUGUUACUUUUUACUUCCAGAAACAGUCAUUUUCUAUUAGACAUGUAAAGUCUAUAUUACAUUCAAGUAAACUGUUUUCAAAGCCAAAUUCAGAAAAAUAAGGAUGAAAUGCCUAGAUAUUUGUUUGUGAUUAGUUCCUGUUAUAAGGGUGUGGUCUUGUAUUGUACUUUUAUCUCAGAUUUUUACUU